CCAGAAACCAGAGGUUGAAGAAGUCAAAUUAUUAAUGAAAGUCGCUCCAACCACUAAAAGAUACUUUUUCUAAUGUUUUCUAAUGUGUAAAUGGAGACUCCUGCGUUCAUAUGUGGAAUUGAAGUCGCACUUCUUUGAAAAAUUUAGGAAGCACUAAGCUUUUUGACAAAACCAUCGUCUAAUAUAAGUUGAAUAACGGGACACUGAAAUGAAAGAUCAUUGAAUACGUAAGUUAUAGAAUAAUAAAUUAUAUGGAUAGCUAUGAGGUGAUGAUAGUGUGGUUCUCUCUCUUAUUCUCCCUCAUCCCCAGCAUCAGUACUAGACUGAGUAGUAUCACUCUAGAUCAACCCUUACACCACAAUGAAACCCUGGUUUCAGCAUCUGGAACCUUUGAAGCAGGGUUCUUCAGCACUGGAAGUUCUCAGAGACAAUACUUUUGCAUAUGUUACAAGAAUAUAUCACCUAGAACAAUUGUGUGGGUGGCCAACAGAAACACCCCAUUAGAUAAUAACUUCACUGGAGUUUUCAAAGUCAGUGAUGAGGGGAAUCUUGUUGUACUUGAUGGCAUUGGUGCAAGUGUUUGGUCUUCCAAUGCAUCAACCACUUCUCAGAAGCCUAUUGUGCAGCUCUUGGACUCCGGCAACCUUGUUGUGAAAGACAGCGGAACAAAUAGUCCAGAGAAGGUUGUGUGGCAAAGCUUUGAUUUUCCUGGUGACACUUUGCUUCCUGGGAUGAAACUCAGAAGCAGUCUUGUGACAGGUGCACAUAGUUCUCUGACAUCGUGGAGGGACACAGAAGAUCCUGCUCUGGGGGAAUAUUCUAUGUAUAUCGAUCCUCGUGGUUUUCCUCAGAGAGUGACUACAAAGGGAGGGACUUGGUUGUAUAGAGCUGGUUCAUGGAAUGGUUAUCAAUUUUCAGGUGUUCCUUGGCAGCUGUUGCAUAAUUUCUUCAAUUACUAUUUUGUGUUAACCCCAAAGGAAGUGUAUUAUGAGUAUGAACUCUUGGAGCCUUCGGUUGUUACAAGGUUUGUGAUCAACCAAGAAGGGCUUGGUCAACGUUUCACUUGGUCAGAGAGGACACAGAGUUGGGAGCUUUUCGCCUCCGGCCCCAGGGAUCAGUGUGAGAACUAUGGCUUGUGUGGUGCAAAUUCUGUUUGUAAAAUUAAUAGCUACCCCAUAUGUGAAUGCUUGGAGGGAUUUCUCCCAAAGUUCGAGGAAAAGUGGAGAUCAUUGGAUUGGUCUGAUGGGUGUGUUCGGGGAACGAAACUGGGUUGUGACGAUGGAGAUGGAUUUGUUAAGUAUGAAGGAAUGAGAUUGCCAGACACGUCUUCGUCCUGGUUUGACACAAGCAUGAGCCUUGAUGAAUGUGAGAGUGUGUGUUUGAAAAACUGCUCUUGCACAGCAUACACAAGCUUAGAUAUCAGAGGUGACGGGAGUGGCUGCUUGCUUUGGUUUGGUAACAUUGUGGAUAUGGGAAAACAUGUCUCCCAAGGACAAGAGAUUUACAUACGAAUGGCUGCUUCAGAGCUAGACCAAACUUGGCAUAAAAGGCACGCUAGCACCAAGCUUGUGGUGAUUUUGGCAACAAUCGCUACGUUCAUCGUAGGCUUAAUAUUAGGAUCAGUCAUAUACAUACGGAGAAAACUAGGGAAACCAGGAAAGACAAAUAUAAUCGACCAGAUGCAUCACUCUAUAAAACAUGAGAAGAAAGACAUCGACUUACCAACCCUUGAUUUAUCAACCAUUGAUAAUGCAACCAGUAAUUUCUCUGCCAGUAACAUAUUGGGAGAAGGUGGAUUUGGACCAGUUUACAAGGGUGUGCUGGCAAAUGGACAAGAGAUUGCUGUUAAGAGGCUUUCCAAAAAUUCUGGACAAGGAUUAGAGGAGUUCAGAAAUGAAGUUGUGUUGAUUGCCAAUCUUCAGCACCGGAAUCUUGUAAAGAUUCUUGGGUGUUGUAUUCAAGAUGAUGAGAGAAUCUUGAUCUAUGAAUUCAUGCCUAACAGGAGCUUGGAUCUUUACAUUUUUGAUCGAACAAGAAAGAAAUUAUUGGAUUGGAACAAACGCUUCCAAAUUAUAAGUGGCAUUGCUAGAGGGCUUCUGUAUCUUCAUCAUGAUUCGAGACUAAGGAUCAUUCACAGAGAUAUCAAAACAAGCAAUAUUCUUCUUGAUAAUGAUAUGAAUCCAAAGAUAUCAGACUUUGGACUAGCAAGGAUGCUUGUUGGCGAUCACACCAAAGCCAAUACAAAAAGAGUAGUUGGAACUCAUGGUUACAUGCCUCCUGAGUAUGCAGUGUAUGGAUCUUUUUCAGUGAAAUCAGAUGUCUUUAGCUUUGGUGUUAUUGUACUAGAGAUAGUUAGUGGGAGGAAGAACACAAAAUUUCUUGAUCCACUCAAUCAACUUAACCUUAUUGGGCAUGCAUGGAGAUUGUGGAGUGAAGGGAGGACUUUGGAACUGAUUGAUGAAUCACUGGACGAUUCAAUCAUUGAAAGUGAAGUGUUGAAAAUUGUUCACGUGGGACUCUUGUGUGUUCAAGAGAGACCAGAGGACAGGCCCAACAUGUCAAGUGUGGUUCUAAUGCUGAAUGGUGACAGACCAUUGCCCAGGCCCAAGCUCCCCGCUUUUUAUCCACACCAAGAAGAUUUUUCUUCAUCCAGCAAGUGUGAAUUCAGCUCAAAUGAGUUGUCCAUCACUUUAGAGGCAAGAUAGUAAACCUAAAUUAAUCAAGAUAAAUUGCUAAUUUGUUUAGUUUUGAGUAUGUAUGCCUGAAUUGCUGUUGUGCACUGUUCUAAUACUGUUCUCUUAGCAUCUAAUGCUUUUGUAAGUAUGCACGGACAAUGAAUGAUCCUUUGAAAAAAGAAAAGCAAACUUCGCUGUCA